CUGGGCGUCAUCAUGGACUCCACCCUUUCCUUCCAACAGCACAUCAAAAACACUACUAAAACUGCCUUUUACCAUCUCCAGAACAUCUCCAGACUCCGACAGUGGCUUUCCAAUUCUGUAGCUGAGACCCUCAUCCACUCCUUCAUCACCUCCCGACUUGACUACUGCAACGGUAUCCUUUUUGGUUUGCCUAGCAAGUCUACUGACAGACUUCAGUAUGUCCAGAACUCUGCGGCUAGGAUGCUCACCCACACAAAACUUGGACUUCACAUCACUCCCAUCCUGAAGAAGCUCCACUGGCUGCCUAUUAAGUCUCGGAUCAAAUAUAAAAUUCUCCUACUGACAUACAAAUCUCUCCAUGGACUUGCACCUCAGUACCUAACAGAUCUGCUCCACCCAUACACUCAGUCACGGUCCCUGCGGUCCUCUGACAAGGACCUGCUUGCUGUCCCAAAUUCCAGGCUCCGGACAUUUGGUGACAGAGCCUUCUGUGUCAGUGCACCAUCACUCUGGGACAAGCUUCCUCUUGCUAUUCGCUCUGCCUCCUCUAUUAUAACCUUUAUAACCCAGCUUAAAACAUACCUCUUCACUGAGGCUUAUGGAAUUUAA